CGCUCCACUGCGACCGUUUGCUUUGGGUAUCUAUCAGUGUUUUGGUUUCAGUCUUGAUUCAGCUUCGAUCAGAGCAACAACAGAGCAUAGUGAUUGAUAAGUGUUCUAAUUAAAUUCAUAUGUUUUGUUGAUAUCGCGCAGUAGUAUAGUGUGUACCCUAAUAAAUUUAGUGCCGGUUUAACCUCCCCAAAACUGCUGUGAAAAUGAUGAAGAGAGGCACCAGCUUGUCCCCGGUUAAUCAUAUCCUAAAGAAAUCCAGACUGGAUUGUGGAGCGACACUGACGAUCACCCAACAGGCAUAUACGAAGGAUAUUCGAUCGGAGAUGAAUAGCGUUCACACAGCUCAGAUCGCCGAGGUGCACGAGAUGCCCAUGGCUGUCAUCAACCGUCCCAUCCCACCGGUGCUCGACGAUGGCAAGGUUGAAUCCCUCAUGCUGUCCAUCCAGGACCCCGCACAAAUUUCCACAAUUCCACCGAUCGACGUGCUGUGGAUCGAGGGCAGCGAGGGUGGCAACUACUACUACAGCUUCGGCGGGUGUCACCGAUUCGAGGCGUACAAACGCCUCGGCAAGCCGACGAUUAUGGCAAAGCUGAUCAAAUCUUCCCUGUCGGAUCUGCAGCACUACCUCGGGGCCAGCUGUCCGGUGCAGCUCAAGUGAACGAUUUGGAAGAACAGAAAAGAAGAAGACCGUACGGAUAUUCGGAUCACAUUCCCGCGCUUGAUUGAGGUUUCAAUGUACUUGUUUUAUUGAUCGCAUCUCGUCUACUAACUAAGUCAAAGUGAUAAAUGUUAAGGAAAUCGUUAAACUGCUUAGCAUUAGUGUUCGUUUUUACAUAUGUAUAAAAUAUAUCAAUGUUUUACAAUCUCCUUCGUACAAAA